AUGGCAAUCAGCCAAGCCUCUUUUGUCGGGUUGGUUUUGCUGGUCCUAAAUUCCUUAGCUACUGCCUUGGGACCCCUUUCAAUAGUUCACGAUUUCACGCAACCCACCGUAUACUCUAAUUUAACAUUCGACGAGUUCCAAUCACUGUACACUCAGUAUCAACAAUGGCAACACGAGAAUGCUAAAUCGGUCAACAAACGCGAAUAUACGCUAACCGACCUCGACGAAAUCUGCCAAGGUAUUGGACCUGAUUACCGGUUUCAAAGCGGAUGGUGUGGCAGGAAUCCUGAGAGAAGGAAGUGGGGUUGCAAAAUUCCGGGCCGCCCAACAACCGCCAUUGAGAGAAACAGGCUUGGUAGGACUCAGACCUGCGCAAGCGGCGUGUGCAAAGUUCGACCAUUUACGAAUGCUGAAGGCAACGUUGUGCAAUUUCCCUACUGCGCCACCAAGGUUGAGAUAGAUAAACCCGAAGGCGCUCAUGAGUACGAAGGGGAAUACGACUGGGUUAACGAACCCAAGUCGCCAGGCGAACGAUCCUUCUUCGUUGAGGCUGGGGCAUCGAUGAACUUGGAUUACGACUUCGUACACAACACAUUCCACGCUUCGGGUCAAGGUCACACGUUCUCAUGUAUUUUGUGUCCUAUCGGGUGGGGUGCUAAACUGACGAUGACUCACCCAAACAGCAUAAGCUGGGCGUUCGUAAGCACUAUUGGCAAUUAA